CCGGGGUUUAGAUGGCGACCACGGCGGCUUGUUCAGCGCUUUUGCGGCGCCUUGGAGCCCUCACGGGGUGCCUCAGGCACGGAACAACGCGGGGGCUCGCUCGGGGUCUUUGGCGAACGGUCCCUUUACCUCCACCGCCGCCCUCUUUUUUCGCCACGGCUCUCCAGCAGCGCAGCCUGAGCGGUGGAGCGCGCCAGGAAGAGGAAGCGACUCAGGCCUUGAAGGCCGCGUCGGGGUACAGGCUCGUGUACACGUGUAAGGUGUGUGGGACACGGUCAGCCAAAAGCAUUUCCAAGGCAGCAUAUCACCACGGUGUGGUGAUUGUGAAAUGUCCUGGCUGCCAAAACCAUCACAUCAUUGCAGAUAACCUGGGCUGGUUCUCGGACCUGGCUGGGAAAAGGAACGUGGAGGAAAUCCUCGCAGCUAGGGGGGAGAAAGUUAGGCGUGUGGCUGGUGAAGAUGCCUGGGAAAUCCUGUUGGAGGAUCCUCAGCAGACAGGAACCUCGUCGGAUGACGGAGAUGCAGGAGGACGUCUGAUGUGACUGGAUUGCUCCACUGUCCUUCGAGGGGGGG